AUGCAAACGGCACUUCUUCUUUUUUGUCUCCUGGGAGCAAUCCAGUCAUUACCAAUACUACAACUCAUGGGCAUGUAUCCAGUACACAGCCAAGGUCAACAACAAGCACAGCAGCAGCUGUAUCCGGGCCUUGGACUUCCUCCAACAAAGCUGGUUCUGGAUCAGCCGGCCUUAUUUGCCCCACAGCAGCCAAACCAGUUCUUCCCGCCUUUGGGCCAAACACCCCUGACCCAAAUGUUCUCGGUGGGGACAGACGUGCAACUGAUGAAUGCAGCUCGAGGCCUGCUCCCGGGCAUCCAGCUCCUCCCUCUGACUCUGGGGGACACAAAUGCUGCCCCCCAGGUGCCUCCACAACAAAUGCUCCCCAUCAUCGUAGCACAAAUCGGAGCCCAGGGUGCCCUGCUAAGCUCCGAGGAAUUGCCAAUGGCUCCACAGAUCUUCACAGGACUGCUCAUUCAACCCUUUGGUACUGGAGCCACACUCCCAACUGGCCAGUCAGGGAUAGAUGCUAAUACCCAAGAUGCAGCUCUUCCUGCAGGACAAACAGGAGGAAACCCUGCCAUCUGGGGAACCCCAGAGGGUCAACUCCCAACCCCCAGUGGUCCAGAUGAUGUAUUUGAAGCUACCAUCCCAGUGGGCAUUCAAAGAGCAACUGAGGGGAGCACCACCGAGGCACCAAAUGGUGGGUUUUUCCAAACCCAUAAAACGCCCCUAGGCCCUAAAGAGACAGCUGAAGGUAGUAUGAGACAAAAGUUCUUGGGUGAUCCCUCCUCCUUGGCAGAUAUGAAUCCCAGUAACACCAGGGAGUUUCCUUCUCCUGCUUCAGAGCUGAUUCCAGCAGGAGGCAAUCUGAUGAUUCCUCUUAUAGCACCCCAGGAUCCAGACUCUGCCACCAACCCUACCAUGUUAAUACUGAGAGGAGACACUCAUCUGCCAGUAUAG